GACGCGAGUUCAAACUGGCAUUAUCAAAUGAUCACCGGGCACGAUGUAUCGUGUUAUAGCUUUUGCUGUUCUGCUGACCGUGGUGAAUUGUCAUUGGUGCCAUGGAGGACCGGGACCUUGUUGGCAUCACCCACCUCAUCGUUUCCAUCAUCAUCAUCACGGUCAUCCAUGGCAUCACAGACAUGGACCUGAUUUCAAGUUCGACAUGAUUGCAGACAAGGUUAUUGAAAGUGACGAGGCAUAUCAAGAAUACUGCAAGACCCAUUCCAAUAUAGCUCAAGAGAUGUUUGGACCAGACGGUUAUACUUUGAAGUACAAGCUACCAGGGUUUGAUGAAAGGAGUAUGUCAGUGCAGAUAAAACAUAGAGUUGUAUUUGUAAAAGCUGCGAAGUCAACAGAAGUAUUCCAAGACGUUAAAGUGCUAUCAGAUAUACUGAAAAUGGACGAUGCGAAAUGGUAUCACGAAGAUGAUUUCUUAGUAGUUACUGUUCCAUAUAAGAUAGCAAUAGGCGUUGAAACGACUGGUCCAUGUGGUGAGAAUAUAAACAGAGAAGUUCAGAAUGUUUUACAGGACUCCCCACCUGUCGAUAUCGGUAAUUUAUAUAGAAAUGGAGUGAAUGGAUUACCCGCUUUAAAUUUCUCACCUAAUAAUAAGGUCGUUAAAUAGGUCGAGUAAAUAAUAAUUAAAGUAUGAUAAUACAUGUUACAAUUGUGUUGGACUACUGACUCGUCGCUGAAUAUUAUAAGUGAUAAUUCAAAGAAAACGCUAAGGUUUAUUUGGUGAAAUGCUUUAUUUUUCUUGUAUGAUUUGUGUUAAAUUUUAAUAUCAACAGCAUCUAUAACUCGUGUAUUCGCGAGUUUUUUUGAGUUAUAGAAAAAUAAGUUUAUGACUUAUUCUGCAUAUGUUUUAUUAUAGUUCAUUUGCCGCUGGUAUAGUUAUUCUUGACCAGGACUGCUGCGCCAGAGAAUGUGUCAAAAAUAAACUUACAUAUAUGUAAUUUUUCCUUAUUAAUGCUGGUUUAAUAAAGCUCUAUUAAUAAUG